AUGGAAAUACUGAGAUCAGCUAAAGAAUGUUCUCCACUACAAGAUCGUAUUUUCACAUAUACUCAUAUGUUGAAAAGAAGAUUUACUGUCUCAAAUCAGUACAGUACAAAUAGGAUCUGUGAAGAAAUCUUUACAAAUCUGAAUGAAAUUUAUAAUAAUUUUAUUAUGAAAAUUAUGAAAUAUUUCGAUGAGAUAAACGUCAGAAUUGAAGAACUUUUCAAAAGAAGUAAAGAUCGUGCUUUAGAAGAUAUAAAGAAAUUAAUCGAUGAUAUGGAUGCUAUUCGUACAAUUCCAGAAUUAGAAUCAAAGAGUGCUGGAACAUAUUAUCGUACCGUUGAAAACAUACACAGUUAUAUGCAUGAAUUGCAAAUAGAGGCGGAGCAGUUACUAUUUACUACAAUGAGUCUGAUGGCUGAUACUCCACAUUAUCCAUGGCGUAAUUGUCAAUGUCAACGAGGCGGAGAACGCAAUGGUCAUUGUCAUUGUCCAGAUAAUGCACGAAUGGCUAAUACCUAUUGUCGAUAUGGAGGAAAUCAUUGGAUUUGUUUCCCAUUCAGUCGUCGACGACGCUCCGUUUCUUCUGAAGAAAGUCAUAAUCAUGCUCAUGAAUGA